AUGCACAAGUUGGUGAUUUUUCUAUUUCUGUGGCAGUUCAGAGAAUCGAUCGGGUUGUUUGGAGAUUCCGGACACGGAAAGUUGUGAGUCACUUUUUUUUCAAAUGCAUUCACAAAACGGCAUGAAAAACUUAUUGGUCUUAAACCCAAAGGCGGGAUUUUGAUAACCUUUUCCAAAAUAACUGGUCAUUCAGAAAACGACAACCACCAACUGGUCCUUGCACUUUGAAUAAUGAUGGUUCAGAGUGCGAUGAAAAUGGUGAGUAUUUAGAAAAAAAUCAAGAAUCUGACAAUAUAUCUGACAAUAUUAUUUGAUAUCAGGCUACUACAAGAUUGUUCAAUGUAAUGAUGAAUCUUGUUAUUGUGUUACUCCUCAUAACGCACUUAUUUCUUAUGAUACAAGAACAUCAAGCAAAAAGAUUGCACCAAAAUGUGGAACCUGUUUAACUUAUCUUCAGAAAUUAUUUUCAAACGGUGAUCCUCCACAAAACUCAUUUAUUCCAAAAUGUGAUGUUGGAAAUGGUGAUUUUGAUCCAAUGCAAUGUAACUCAAUUGAAAAUAUAUGUUAUUGUGUUGAUACAAAAACUGGAAAAGAGAUUCCAUCGACAAGAACAACAUUGAACAAUACCAAAAGUGUGAAUUGUAUGAAAAUUGGUGAGAUGAAACAUCGUGAUUAGAAAUAAGUCAAUACACAUGUUUCAGAUUUUUCAAUUGAUUAUGUACCAACACAAAACUUCGACAAAUCCAGUCUCAAACCUACUGUCGAAGUUGUUAGUCAUUCAGCAUGUACCUUAAAUCGUGAUCCAGGUCAUACCUGUUCUCAGAACAAAACAUCAAUCAAAUGGUGGUUUGAUACUUAUACUUUCACAUGUCUUCAAUUUGAACACAAAGGAUGUGGUGGAAAUGAUAAUGUGUUCAAUACAAAAGGUUCAUGCUAUUCUUCGUGCGUUUUUGGUAUGUGAAAAAUAAAGGGAGAAUUGAAGAGAAUUUUUGAAUUAGCCCCGAUUCUCCAAAAAGUUCAUUUUAUUUUUUGGUGGCAUGAUUUAGAAAAUUAGAGUAUUUUCUAUCGAUAGUAAAUUUCAAACACAUUUAUAAAGAAACAUUUGUUUUUUUUAAUUUAUUCAUUACAAAGUUCAAUGUUCAUGCGCUACUUUUUUGCAAAAACAUUUAUUAUCAAUUUUGAUAUUUGGGCUUAUCAGUCGCCGGUUAGGUAUAUUUCAGGCUUGUUAGUAUAACCAGCUAAUUCAAUUUCUAAGGAAUGAAUGAAGGAAAAAAAGUUUGCAGAAGUUUUGCUAAAAAAAACUGUUAACUGAAUAAGAUUGAAUGCCACAGCAAAACACACUCAAACUACCAUAACACAAUCUAGUCCAGCCCACUGCCUCCCCAAAUCUACGUGUGUGUGGAAAAACGAAAAAUGUCUGGCACGCUCUCGCAAACACACACUCUCGCACACAACUUUUUACUUUUAUUUCGCGAAAACAGUGCAUAUUAGGAGCUGAUUUUUAUGUGUUUUUCAUCGGAACCACAAUAUGUGUUAUACAUAGUUCGAAAGAGAAUUUCUUCAGCUACAAACACAUAUGAAAUGUUAUAAAUGAAACCAAGAUAAAAAAAUAAAAAUUUCAUGCAAACAAGACAUGGUUUUUUUGAAUUGUGUGAAAAACGCAUGUGUUUUUUGAUGACCUGGCUUAUUUUUGAAUAUCGAAUAUAUGUAUAAUCAAGUCGUAGUUUUGUUCAGAAUCUCAAGGGCUUUCAGAUGAUGUAAAUCAAUAUUUAUGAAAUUGUGAAAUCAUGGAGGAGUAGGGAUUUUUCAGUAGUCAAUUUUUAAAACGAAAUUUUCAUUUUCAUUUGAAAGGAACUCGAAUGAAGUUUACAUACGUUUUGUAGAGAAUUUCUCGGGCUUCAAAAUCAUAUAUAUUUCUAUACACAAAAAUGGAAAUUGGAUGCACCGCUUUCGAUUGAAAACUCACCGCUGUUUUUCGCAACGCUACUGAACGUGGUUUGUUUGUUUGGUGCAAACCCAACAAGUUUUCAACCGAAAGCGGUGCAUCCAAUUUUCAUUUUUGAGUAUAGAAAUAUAUAUGAUUUUGAAGCCCGAGAAAUUCUCUACAAAACGUAUGUAAACUUCAUUUGAGUUCUUUUCAAAUGAAAAUGAAAAUUUCGUUUUAAAAAUUGACAAACGAAAAAUCCCUACUCCUCCAUGAUUUCACAAUUUCAUAAAUAUUGAUUUACAUCAUCUGAAAGCCCUUGAGAUUCUGAACAAAACUACGACUCGAUUAUACAUAUAUUCGAUAUUCAAAAAUAAGCCAGGUCAUCAAAAAACACAUGCGUUUUUCACACAAUUCAAAAAACCAUGUCUUGUUUGCAUGAAAUUUUUAUUUUUUUAUCUUGGUUUCAUUUAUAACAUUUCAUAUGUGUUUGUAGCUGAAGAAAUUCUCUUUCGAACUAUGUAUAACACAUAUUGUGGUUCCGAUGAAAAACACAUAAAAAUCAGCUCCUAAUAUGCACUGUUUUCGCGAAAUAAAAGUAAAAAGUUGUGUGCGAGAGAGUGUGUGUUUGCGAGAGCGUGCCAGACAUUUUUCGUUUUUCCACACACACGUAGACUUGGGGAGGCAGUGCAGCCUUGAUCAUAAUUACAAUCAAAAUGCAUUUUCUUCGACCACAACACAUCUAGAAUCCAGUUUCAUUUUGAUUCCCAAAAAUGUAUCCCGGGUACAAACAAUAAGAACUACAAAUAAAAAAUUUUAUCACAAAAUUUCGAUAAAACAAAAAUUGUGUUUGUAUGUAGCUUGAACCAAACUGAUAUGAACUCAAGUCUCAAUCAAAUUUUCAGCCGAUUAUUCUGCAUGUGCAUUAACAUCCCAACCAGCUCGGCAUUCCACUGGUCAAUAUUAUAUAUGCGGACAGAUUGAACCAAUGUUGCCACCAGGUGCACCGUCAACUCCAAAACCACCAAAACCACCAGGUCCUGAAUUGAAUGAUCAAGGGUGUCCAAAAGGUUAUACUUGUCAAUACGGUGCAUUUUUCGGAAUUUGUUGUGAUGAGAAAAUUACAAGUAAGUUUUUCAUUUAAAAUAUUAUUAAAUUUUUCUGAAUUUUUUUUCCAGAACGUUUUUCGGAUGCAUACCAUCCAGUUUGCUCAAACAAAAAGACACCACACUCUACACGCGACGACGGUUAUCAGGCGAUGACAUUUGGAAAAACAUGCUCUGAUAAUUUCUGUCCCAAAAACCACACAUGUGAAACAAAUAGUGUUUUUGCAUUUUGUUGUCCAAUUUGA